GCCGGGCUGUUGUCGUCGGUCUGCUGUCGCUGCUAUUGUCGGUCUCGUGAGGCUCAGCUGUGGUGUGAACAUGGAGACGCGUCGCUCCGUCCUCGGCCGCCUCGUAGGUCCGCUCUGCUGUGGUCUCCUCCUUUUCGUCCUCAUGCUACUCGACGGCUCCGCUUCAUCAGAGACGUAUGCAGUCGACAUAGAAGUGAAGGAUGAGUCCAACAAAACAUGUCUCUAUGCAAGAUGGAUGAUGAACUUCUCAGUAAUAUAUGAAUCUAAUGCUAGCGAAUAUAAAAACAAAGCUUUUACGCUCCCAGAAAAUGUGACGUAUGAUGGAAGCACAUGUGGUGAUAAAACAAGUGGCCCUCUGCUGGCAAUAGAGUUUGGAGCAGGACACUUCUGGAGCAUCAAGUUUGCGAAAACAGAUGAUACUUACCAAGGAAACAUCACCUUUAUUUACAAUACCAAUGAUGCAGAAUUAUUUCCAGAUGCUAAAAGGAAAGGACCAGUUGUUACCUCUGCAAACUAUCCUGUGCAUCCGAUUAAGUUACAUACAGUAUACACCUGUCAUCAUGUGGAUUCUGUAAAAGUUGGCAAUGUCACAAAUGACCUCUGGAACAUCAGUCUUCAGGCUUUCCUUCUGAAUGGCUCCUUAAGUACAGAAUAUACUCAUUGUGAUAAAGGUGUUGUGGCUUCUGCUGAGAAUAAUCCUCCUGCAAUCACAACUGUUUCUACUACAACCACAACUCUACCUACAACUGCCACCAUAACAACAACCACAACCAUACCUACAACAACCACAACCAUACCUACAACAACCACAACCAUACCUACAACAACCACAACCACAACUACAACGAUACCUACGACAACCACAACUACAACCAUGCCUACGACAACCACAACUACAACCAUGCCUACGACAACAGCCUCUACCACCACUACUACAUCUACUACAACUGUGUCUACCACCACCACAACUACAGCCACCACUGUUAAAACAACAAUGUUGUCACCUGCUCCUCUACCCACUGCCCAAGCAGGGGAGAAGCCUGUCACAGGAAACUACUCGGUCAAUGUUGGUGCCACAGCCUGUCUCCUGGCAAGCAUGGGCCUGCAGCUGAACAUCUCCAAAGACCAGAGUUCCUGGAUUAUUAAUAUUCAGCCAAACACUACAGAAGUUACUGGUAGCUGUGGUAGAACAUCUGCAGACCUCAGGCUGAAUGAUAGCGACAACAUAAUUAUUGAUUUCUUCUUUGCGGUUAGAAACACAAGCUUGGGAAGGUUCUACCUGAAAGGGGUGAACAUCACUGUUGUUCGUCCUGCCAAUGGCUCUCUGUAUGCUGUAAACAACAGUCUCAGUUACUGGGAUGCCUCCUUGGGCAGUUCGUACAUGUGCAGGAAAGAAGAGACUCUCAUCGUGACGGAGGGAUUUCGAAUAAAGACCUUUGACCUAAGGGUCCAGCCGUUUGAUGUAAAAGAAAACAAAUACUCUACAGCACAGGAGUGUUCACUGGAUGACGACACCAUUUUAAUCCCGAUUGCCGUUGGCACUGCUCUUGUAAUCUUGAUCGUCAUUAUAGUGUUUGCUUACGUAAUUGGCAGAAGAAAAGGCUAUGCCGGAUAUCAGACACUACAGGUAGGAUGGAAAUGGGUGAAAUUUGUCCAAGCUGAAGACUGCAGCCCAGAGGUGGACAACUUCUUUGUGCCUAUUGUGGUGGCAGCCGCCCUGGCGGGAUUAGUGUGUCUCAUUUUCAUGGCUUAUUUUGUUGGUCGCCGAAAACAUCGUGGGUCUGGCUACGAGCAGUUUUAAAAACAGGAUGCACUUCAGGCUGAACACUUUCCUCUUUCAACCCGCUGAGGAGUAUUUUGCACCUGCAGAGUUUUCCAUUCUUAUGUAUGAGUUUUGGAAAAGAUCCAUGUGGACAUGUGUGGAUCCAAAGAGAAAACAACUGUUGCAUAUUGAGUUGUCAUCUAAUAUGAAUAGGUUUGCAACCAUUUUGUGUUGAAUUGCAGGAGACUGGUCUUAGGCCAAAUAUGCUGUUUUCAAAAGCAGGUCACUGCAGUGCCAAAACACUGUGAUGGUAAAGGUGGCUGCAGAUGUCCCUGUUCUUUGAAGCCUGGUGCAGAAUUCACACUGGCUCCUUGCAAACCAUGGCUUGCACAUUUGGAAGCCAGCUCUGUGAAUACUUGCUUACCUCCUCUUCCCUAGUAGUUCCACCCCCUUUGCCUCCCAGUGUUACAUAUGGGUUUCACUUAGCACCCUAAGCCACGGUUACUGGGGAACCUGUUUUAUUCCAGCUGUCAUUUACAUUGGCACAUGUGUGAUGUGCAGUUGGUGGAGGGAGAGGGAAAUAGAUGUGCAGUUGGUGGAGGGAGGGAGAGAAGAAAGGAGCCCAUGUUCCCAAAGCCGUGUCCCAAUUUGCAGGCCAUGGCCUGUGGGCAGUUGUGUCUGCACCAGCCUAAAACCCAAGUAAGCAAAUGGGUCUUUAUCUUGUUUGAAUCUGAUAUGUGGAAUUAUGGACUAGUUUGAGGAACUGUUUGAAUGCUGUGUGGUGAAACGUUAUUCUGACAGUCGGGAAAUAAUAGGAGAUAUGCCCUGCUUAUGUUUGCCUUCCACAGGAAAUGAGGUAUGUGCUCAAAAUGUUAACAAGUUUGUGGAUCAGAUGUGUAUGGACAUUUGAGCUAUUUCAGCUGGUGACGACUGGGAGCAUGGCUUAUGGGUACUCUCCCACUGCACCUCCCUUUGUGUAUAUGAAGUCUUCAUUCUCCAAAUGUUGCACUAAGCCUAGAGUGUACCAGCAUGAAUACCUGAAGUGGUCCUUAUUCCCAGGGGAUGUUGUACCUGCUGCCAUUAUGUAAACAGAGUGCUGUAGCUUUGUUCUAAUGUUUGUGAACAACAGCCGGAAUUAUGCCUUAUUACAAAAUGUCUCUAAUAAUGUAUGCAUAUAAUGGCAUAUUUGAUUCAUUUGAUAUAUUUUUUUGCUCAAUCUAAUUCCACACCCUUGUGUACCACUUACUAAAAUAGUUGCUUUGAGGUCCAUUGGGCGAGGCAGAAAGGCAGAACAGAAGUUUUAAAUGAAGAUUAAAACAGCAAUUAGUCCUUUUGGAUAACUGUUAUCAAAGCAACCCUUCGUUCUCUAAUAUAAAUGUGCCUUUGGGUUAUCACUAGAGCAGUGUGACAUUUUCAGUAUGUUGUUUUAACAUAAGUUGUAGACGUGGCCUUCGACCAUGAACCCCUGUACCAAAAAUGAAGAAACUGGUAAUAUGCUGGAUACUGGGUGCUGCCCUUAGGAGCCUGUGUCUCUAGUCCUCCAUGCUCCAAAAGCGGACAGUGCAGUAAUAAACUUCCUUGCUUAAAAACCUGGUUUGGGAGCCAAGUACAGCCUCUGGAGUGUGAUAUUUUGUGGUGCUUUUCCCCACUUGCCUCUUUAAGACCCUACCCUGGGCCUGCCUCCUGGAGCUGUGGCUCUUGCUAUUUUGAAUUGUUGGCUAUUGUUCAGUUUGCAGCAGAAGAGCAGCUGUGUCAUUCAUUGCCAAAGGCAGACAAAGCACAGACCCUGCACUGGCCCUUUUUGACCUGGAGGAGACUGCCUACAGCAGGUCAGACAGAAACCUGGCAGUUUUCAGAGUGGUAACUCUUAAACUGCCAGUGUUUCUUCUGCCUUCUCACUGGAGAUAGAAGUGAAUUGUUCAUGGAGAAUCAAACUCUGGUAUUUUGAAUGACCUCUUGGUUUGUGCAGCCCCCAGCUAACACUGGAGUUCUGUAAAUGGAUUCGCAUUGUU